AUGGAUAAACAAAUAUUCUUAAAAAUAUUUAAGAAUAUAUAUUUAUGUAAAUAUAUAUUUAGAUAUGUUAAUGAAGACUAUCUUUAUAGAUUCAGUGUAACAGCUGCACGAUAUAAUAAUUUCAGUAUUUUACAAUGGUUACACAAUAGAAAAGAAAAAAGAGAGGAUGUAUCUUUGAAGAAAGGAAAUGACUGGAUUAAAAGAUACAGAGAAAAGGCAGAGAUCUAUAUCUAUAGUCCAAUGUAUUGGGCUAUCCGCAAUGGUAAUCAACAGAUGCUCACAUGGUUACAUGAGAACCGUACUGAAGCAGUCACUUAUCAUUGUUACAAGAAGUCAUUCAGCCAGGAUAGUGAGAUAUUAAGAUGGUUAUUGGUCAACCGACAGAAAGAUAUUCGUAAGCUCAAUAUAGUCAGUAUAAUGGCUCCACUUUUCGAUGUCAACGAUCACGUCAAUCUAGAAUGGGUGCUGAAAAACAUGGAGUUCACAAUGUCAGAGUUGUCGAGGAUGGAAACCUAUUUGUAUCCAUUUCUAGAGAGUGCCAGUGAAUCGGUUGCAAUCUUCGAACAACACUUGUCAAUGAAAAGACCGACCAGUUUCAACUUGAGCGUGGAGGAGAGACAAGACGUUUUGAGAUUCUUGAAUAAGGGCAGGAGGAACAAGAGUAAAGCAAUGAACAGCGCUGCGACUGAAGGUAAUCUUACAGCGCUGAAAUGGUUGCACCAAAAUAAGAGUGGAUAUCGCACAUCCACUUUGGCUAUGAACGGUGCAGCUGCCAACGGACAUUUCGAUUGUGUGAUUUGGUUGCAUUCCAAUAGGAGUGAAGGUUGCACUUUGAAAUCGAUGAACAAAGCUGCUGGCAACGGCCACUCUGAAAUUGUGAAAUGGUUGCAUUCCAAUAGGACUGAAGGAUGCUCAAGGAUUGCAAUGAACAAAGCUGCAGAGAAUGGGCACCUGGAAAUUUUGAUAUGGCUUCACGAACAUAGGACUGAAGGUUUUUCAGCGAGAGCAAUUAAUGGCGCUUCCUCCAACGGCCAUUUAUCUGUUUUGAAAUGGUUCCAUGAGAAUAUAAAUCAUAACGUAAUGCAAGGUUUCUCUGCAAAGACAAUGGACAAAGCAAUUAGAAACAAUCAUUUUGAAGUUGUCAAAUGGUUACAUGAAAAUAGAACGGAAGGCUGUACAGAGGCUGGAGUUGAACUAGCAGCAAAACUAAAAGACAUGUCUAUAUUAUGGUGGCUCCACAAGAAUAUGGAUAUACCAUUCACCGAAAAAGUCUUGAGAAACGGAAUUAAAUCACAUCAGCGAACAAAGGUAAAAUGGCUCUACGAAAAUAGAAGCGAAUUCCAGACAAUAGAAUCUAUCAAAAUUAUUUUUGAACAUCUUUUCAACAAAGAUUCCAGCAAUAAUGUACAAUGGAUGGUUGAAAAUAUUUCUUUUUCAAAGGAUAGAUUAGAGUCCAUCAAAAAGGAAUUGUUUUCAAAGUAUCCAAACGCAACAAAUUCUAUUAUUGUUUUCGAAAAUUUAUUAAAAUAA